CGGUGAGAUCUUGCGGAGUGAGGGUGUGCGGGUCUCUUGUGUGUCUCAAUCUGUGUAGGAUAAUGAAUACAUCGCACAAAUCUAUAUAAAAAUGAAGUAUAAAAGUAUCAGCAUAUUCAUUACGGGUGCCAUACUAGUUGCAGGAUUCACAGAAGUGAGCGCACAGGACACUUAUGUAGGCAAGAGGAUUGGCGAAUUCAACAGCUAUCAUCACCAGGUUGGAGGUGAUGUAUAUGCAGUUGACCAGUCGACUUUCCUCAUCAAAAAAUUUAUGUACGAUGGCAAUGGGGGCGACACAUUCUUCUGGGCAGGCUCUAGGCCUCGGCCAAGUCCACAGGGCUUCAUUGUACCCAAUGAGCUCGGCAGGACCAACGUGCUUGAUCUUUACCUGAAUAAAGAUAUUACCAUCAAGCUUCCAGAUAAUAAGAAAAUAACAGAAAUCAAAUGGUUGUCAGUGUAUGACCUCAGUAGACUGGAGCCAUUUGGUGAUGUGUAUAUCCCAGAGGGCUUUGAGCCACCCCAAACAAUCAUACUUAAUAAACUGUCCUCCAAGACGGGUGAAGUCAGGUCAGGUGCCAUUACCAUUGCUGACUCCAAGACUAUUAUUAUUGACAAGUUGUCAUAUGAUGGCACUGGUGAUGAGGUCUACUUCUGGGUGGGUGUUGGACCUCAGCCCCAUUCAAAAGGCAUAAGGAUUCCAGAUGAGCAUGGAUACAUGACACCACUUCAAAAAUACAACAGGAAAACUAUCACUUUGGAACUUCCUGGUGAUCUCACUGUGUUCACCAUAGACUGGCUGUCUCUCUAUGACACUAAACAGCAGCGGGUCCUUGGCUCUAUCAUAAUCCCUGAGGAUCUUAAUGUUCCACCAUCACUUGUGGAGAUCAUUCCACAUAACAACAAUAUGCCCAACUGUGUUCAACUCCACAAAGAGCUGCAGAUAUCAUGGGAGGUGUUUGGAGAUCAGAUUACCCUUGAGCUUGCUGCUCAAGUGGAGGAAGAUGAAUAUGUGGCUUUUGGGAUGAGUGGUGAUCCCCACGAACCUAAGAUGGUUGGAGGUGAUGUGGUGGUUGCUUACAUGGACGGAUAUCUUGGUUACCUGGUUGAUUAUAACAUUUCUUCAUACAUGCCGUGCACAGAGCUGUUAGGCAACCACAAGGGUGUGUGCAAUGAUGACAAAGUUGGAGGCUAUCAGGACUAUCAACCAUUUAGUAGUAAAAGGGAAAAUGGUAUCAACAUUUUCACUCUUAGGCGUCGCUUAACCACCCCUGACACUGGAGACAUCGCUUACCCUGCAGAAGGAGAGGCUAUGAUUAUUUGGGGACUUGGCAAGUUGGAUGUGAUAAAACGACCAACAAUGCAUCACACAUGGUCCAAGGUUAAACAGCCUCUUGAAUUUGCCAGAAAGCCCACAGAGAGAAAAUGUUUUGCUUUCACACGUAGUGAGAAACUAAAACCGAGAAGGUGGGGUCCCUUCCCCAUGGCCGAUCCUGCCAUGAGGGAGUUCAAAGCCCGUCUUGGGCCGGAUGGUGGAGAGAGAGGAUAUACCGCCAUGACAGGACAGCAAUCUGAAACAGGAUUGGCUUGGUACAUCAAUGGCUAUAUAGUUCCUGAUAUUUACCUCAAGAGGAACACCAAAUACAGGUUCAUGGUGGAGGGAGGAUCCAGUCCAUAUGACCCACAAAAUUAUCACCCACUGAUUAUCACAGAUGAGCCCCAUGGUGCUUACUCCCAGUUAACUGAGGAGCAGAGGAAGGAUGUUAAUGUAUUGGCUGGAGUUGGUUACUCUGUGAGAGGAGAUGCCAGGCCCACUGCUGCUGGACGUCUAUGCUUGUGGAAACACACUAAUGAUGGUGAUCGCCGCAAAGACAUGGAGUUCCAAUCUUUUGAAAGAUUUCGUAAUUCCCUUAUGCUUAAUUGUGGUGAAGGAAAUCCUGCAGUGCUGGAAUUCACCCCAAAUAAGUCCUGGCCAGAUGUCGUGUAUUACAACAGCUGGACAGGGCCUAAUAUGGGUUGGCGUCUUCACAUUCUUGAUGAAGUUAACACCGAGAGAAUCUUGGCAGCUGUGAAUAGUGGUCACAUUUCAGCUGUUCCUUUCAUUUAUCACUUUUCUCUUAUUCUUUCAUUUAGCGUUUGGGCAGUGGUGAUGCUCCAAGUAUAGCAAUAAUUGUUUUAUUAUGAAGUAUUUAAAUUUUUACACUUGUUUUAUAGGUGGUUACAAAUUAUAAUUUAUUGUUCCAUUACAUCUUUGUUAUUGGCUCUCUUUCUACUUUGUAUUAGAUCAGACAUAUCAAAUCAUUGGCUAUGGGUAUACUUUUCAAAUUAUUAAGUUCUUCAUAUAAUGUAUAUAUUAUACAUUUAUGUUGUAGUGAAUUUGAAGCAACAAUUGUACACAAAUUUUAUUUUCAAAUUUCUCACUAUUUGUGGCAAUUACCAUUGCUGAAACAAAAAUAAAAUGUUUUGCUGCUCA